GGUAAAUCCCCUCAAAAAAGGCUCAAAUUCAAUAACUAGCUAACCAUGGCUCUAGCUUGUUCAGAAGAAAAUCACGAUCAGGAAGGGAUUCACUAUGUUUUUGGUUCAGGGCAUACCAGCUGUCAAAGUAUCCAGCCUGCAACCCCACAUUCCUCUAAUCCUAUUAUUUUUUCAUCUCCGUCGUACCAAGACCUCGAUCACGACUAUGAAGUUGAUGAUAAACAGUGCUUAUUACAUGGGCAAGUUCACCCCAUGCCUCCUGUAUCAGAUGAAGUACGUGUAGAAGAUGCAUCAAUAAGUAGUAAAUUUAGUGAAUCUUCCUCAUUGAUACAGCGGCAGACCGUUACUGUGAAUCAAGGAAAAAGAAGAGCGUCCUUCAUAGUUGUUUUACUUGUAUUGGCUGGAGUUUUCUUCCUGCUGGCAGUAGGCGUCUCUGCAUUUGCAUUAUCUUUCCAGCAUGGUGGAUCAGAACUAGUGGUUAAAGGAGACAAUGUCCUAAUAAGCUGCUCUGCCACGUGGUGGUUGCUAAAGACGAUGGCAUUUCAUUUGUACAACAAAACGGGCAAUUCAAUAUCGAGUUUGAAUGGCUCGCUGCAAUUGGUUAUGAUUUCUCAUGAGGAACUUAUUGACUCCAUUAGCAGCAGACAGUGGCCCCUUGAUGGCACAGAGAAUGCUUCAACCCAAGUGUCUGAAGUUGCCUCAACAGGAAAAUUGUUUUUUAGCAACUGCUCAAUCUACGGUAAUAAGUGCAUCUUGGAACAAUACCUUUAUCUAGUGGAUUCACCUUCGGCAUUUAUCAGUUUUAAUUUUCAUUUCUCAGAAUUUGUUCCUGGAGAAACUACAGUCAGGGCAACUGUAUUUGAUAGUGCAGCAUCUUUUCAAAGCUACCUCAAAGAGUCAGGUUCUCUAGAGUCUCUUUCUAUUAAAAAUUCAACUGCAGACCUUCAAGAUUGGAGAUUCGACCUUACAAGCAAAGAAAUGAGACGAUCCUCAUACAUAUUCAUUAUUAUUGAGCUUAUAAAAGGACAUGUGAGCUGGUUUACUUAUGAACGAGAUGGGCAAGAGAACUAUUAUAAAUUAAAAGAUAGAAAAUCAGUCUGCACACUGAAUCAUAUUGAAAAUCAAUGUAGAGUAAAUACUUCUCCUUCGACACAAUUCAAAAACUGUAUUAUAGCCCGAUUCCCGGGAAGAAGGACACCACCAGGUGAAGUACCCAGUCCCAGUGACAUGACAUACUUAUCGUACAAGAGAAUUCGAUUCAUAUUAAGUGGAGCUGGCAUCCUUCUUGGCAUAAUUUCUAUAUUCUCUGUAGUAGCUGCCAUUGUUCUUAUUUGUGUAUCAUGUCGUAAAAUAUACAAAAAUUGCAAAUGCUUUUUAUAAUGUCCUUGAUUUAUUAACUGUAUAUUUUAUAUUGUCUCAGACUCUCAGUAACCAUUUAUAUUUAUGUUGUGAUUUACAUUUUGUUUGUGUAUAAAAGUUGAAAUUAUCAGAUUAG